AAAUAAUUAUGAUAUUUUAUCCUAUUGGCUACUUGACUAUCUGCAUUCUAACCCUGAACCUUACUCCUAUAUCUGGAGGAAUACAGGAGAGAAGACUGCUAAGUGAGAAGCUGGUUUCCUACAACCCCCUAGAGCGACCUGUUUUUAAUGAGUCUCAAUCACUCGAUCUUCAUCUAAACCUAUCGCUGCAGCAGAUAGUAGAUCUAGAUGAGAAAAACCAGAUUCUAACCAGUAAUAUCUGGUUAAACAUUGACUGGGAGGAUUACUCCAUGCUCUGGAACUCCACAGAAUACAAUGGAGUCGAAGACGUCAGGAUUGACCCGUCUCUGCUGUGGAAACCUGACUUGUUCCUGUAUAACAGCGCUAGUGAGUCCUUUGAUGCCACAUUUCCGGUCAACAUGGUUGUUUCAAGCAACGGCAGGAUAUCCCAGAUACCUCCUGGAAUAUUCAAAUCAACUUGUCUUGUUGACAUAACCUGGUUCCCAUUUGACGAGCAAAACUGUUUUCUCCGGUUUGGAACCUGGACUCAUAUGAGAGAUCGGAUAAACCUUGUUUUGAGCAGCGGAGAUGAAAAAGGACAUGCUGAUCUCUCACAGUUUAAGGAGAACGGAGAAUGGUUCCUGGUUGGAGUUCCUGCUGUUAGAACAGUUCUCAAGUAUCCGUGCUGUGUCGGAGAAUAUACAGAAGUUUAUUUUCACAUCAUCAUUCGUCGGAGAACUAUUUAUUAUUUUCAUAAUCUUAUAUUCCCAUGCAUUCUUAUUGCAAGCAUGGCUGUAUUCGGGUUUACUACCCCUCCUCCCUGUGGGGAGAAGCUGACUCUUGGUAUUACAAUCCUUAUGUCUCUAACCUUCUAUAUGAAUAUGGUCUCGGAGAUGCAACCACCCUCUAGUGAAACUCCAAUCCUUGGUGUUUACUUCUCCUGUAUAAUGGCUACUGUAGCUAGUAGCGUAGUUAGCACGAUAGCUAUUCUCAACUUUCAUGAUAGGGACCAAGAUAACUACGAGAUGUCUAAAUGGAUCAGGCUUGUUUUCAUUAAGUGGUUACCCUGGUGCCUCCGAAUGGAGAGACCAGGAACAAAGCAUCUGCCCUUGAAAGCAAUGACGCUAAAGAGUAAACUGAAAAAACUGGAAAAAGCAGACAGGUGUCCUAUGAGUUUAGUUCCUACAGUCCUGGAUAGGAAGGAGGAGUUUAUUGCCGGUGCUCUUGCCAACUCUAACCUUCCUCUUCAGAAUGAAAGAAUUAACUGUAUAACCUCAAUUUAUGGUUCUUUAGAUGAUACACUGGACAGCAGUACACUUAGCCUACCAACUUCAACUUCAACAGCAUCAGCAAACAACAAACAGGUUCCUCCAAAACAGUCGGAGACAAUAAAGGAUUUAGAGAAAAUACUAGUUGAAGUACAAAGUAUAACAAUGAAGAUAAAGGAAGAGGAAGAAAGUAAACUCACAACCACUGACUGGAAAUACGCAGCUAUGGUACUGGAUAGAGUCUGCUUGGUUGUGUUCACAUCCACCACUCUUCUCUUGUCUCUAGCUGUGGUUGUGGCUGUUCCUAGAGUUUUUGUUUUCUGAAGAAAAAACUUUUAUCUUUUUUAUAAUUGGUUUUAACAACAGAUACAAAAUCAAAUUCAAAAUGAUAAUUAUAUAUCCAGAACAAAUUUAAAAUUAAGAUUAAUGAGAACAAUAUAGUAAUAAUAAACAUAUAAGUUUUUUAA